AUGAAUUUAGAAGAUGAUUACGUUCCUCAGCAUGAAACCAAGCAAGUUCUUAAAAAGCUGUUAAGACUACCGUUGACGAUACUAUGCCAUUUGGUAGUGCAAUGGGCAUCGAAAUACGGGACCGAAAGAGACGAGACAUCAGAACAGCUCGCCGCGAAGUUGGAACAACUAGUGAAGAGGCGUGUGAAACGACGUGUUUUGGCUUCCAAAAUUUUGCUAGAGUACUGGCCCCGUGGACUGAGCCUUUUUCAACUGGCACAAAUUGAUUGUUACUCAGUAGUGUACAAGCCAGAUCACUUUACGUGGACUUCUUCAACUGCAUGGAAUGCGAUGCACUCAAAACAGGUUUUGCACAUUAAUUUCAGCAAAUUUGUAUCAAGAUUGAAAAAGGAUCUUCAAAAAUUCUAUCUUUGCAAUAUACAUACAUUUGAGCAUCCGGAACUACCACUUGUUAUUUGUCGAAUUCAACUAUUUGAUCUAAAUAAAUCAUUUUCCGAUAGUGUUAUGAAGUCUAGCCAUAUCGAAAAUCUACCUGAGGGUAGGAAAUUAUCCUCUAGAGCUCCAUAUUACGUUGCAUUCUCUCUGAAUUCUCCGAACAUAAUACAUUCGCCUGAUGAAGAUUCUUAUGCCCAACUGAUUAUUCAAAGCAUUGAAAGAACCCUUUCAGAUCGGGAAGCUGUAAUCCUGAAGCGAAACGAGAUACCACCAGUGAGAUCACUUCAUUCAAUGCAGGUACUAUUCGGUGUCUCCCGAUUGUCGAAUAGCUUAGGAUCUUGGGCGACAUAUGGUGAAACUUCGUUUGAGGUGUCACCUUUUGGUAGCGUUCAAGAGCAUCAAUCUAUGAAGGGCAAAGCAAUACUAGUUGAAGGACUUGGUGAUAAAAAUAUCGUUUCCUCCGAUGAUGGCAGUGCUGAAGACCCUGAGAUCAAGAGGCUGCGACUAGAUAAUAGCAUGAUGAGAUUUAAGGGUUCGAAAGAUGGCGUAAAAACAACAAAAUUGUAUCAACUGAAGAGGUCUAAAAACCGUAUUUACUCGUUAGAUGAAGCAAAUUCGCCGGAAUCUCAGAAUACAGUGAAUGGCAUUUCAAAAUAUACAUCUAUGGUUCCAGUUGAAAAAGUUGAAUUUACAACUCACAAUAACCUGGAUUCUGACAGGCAAGUUUCGUUGAAGCUGAAGCUCUAUGGUAAUGAUGUAUUCGCCGGCUUGCAUGAGUUAUGCGAUAGACGUCACAUAGAUAUAAAUAAAGUGCCAGGAUGGUUGACCGGGGAAAAUGGACCAAGUUCAGGGAGUAUUAGAGACGGAAAUUUUGUAAGUGACACCAAAGGGGGACUCAUUUGA